UUCGUGGUCGUUCAUCCCACCUAGGUCUCCGUCCGAGUCUUUCUCCAGUACUUGUGAAUCUUCCAACUGUGAUCGGCUACGAUGGAGGAGUCAAACAUCUGUUGCUCGCCGAUUUCCACGUCUUCCAGCUACUCAAGUAGUACUAGAACACCAUCCAGCUCUCCGUCAGCUGGUACCGAAGGCCACCACGAUAUAUCGGAGCCACGCAUCGGAAUCUCACUAGUUGGCAAAGGAACCCUUACUGAACUCACUAAGACCUCCAACUCACGCGCAUAUAUCCACCCUGGACGCCUGUCUUCUGAUUUUUCAGUUGGUCCACUGUCUCCAGUCACUCCUGGCUAUGAAUACGAAUUGGACGACAUAUCUACAAGCCCACCACCACUUUCUUCCUCUCCAAUUGCCUAUCCAGAACCUUUUCCUUACGAAGACGAAAAUGACGAGACGACCCCUUGUUACUCGUCUGCCAGUGGUUCUUGCAAAUACCUCCCGGGUUCCACUGCUCAUGCUGAAGCUGAGUCUAUGAAUAUUCCGGACGGCAAAAGAAAGAAACGCCGACUUCUCAGUGACGCUCAAGAAAACACCCCGUUUGUCCAAUUCACCUCUCAAAUUCCUUCCACUGGACUCCAGUUGGAGAAGUCCACGGUCGGGUCUUCGGUUCCUGUGUUGACUGGUCUUGCGCACAACGUCAGAGCGUGUACCGAGCAGCGUUCAAGUUCUCAUUAUACCCGGACCCAUCCGUCGAGUCGUUCACGAAUCAACGAGACCUUGAGCACAACAAAGUCGCUAUCAAGACUCCAAUCGACCAUUGGUGACUCGAACGAAGGACUUUUUAACAAAUGCGGAACUCUUCCACUUGAACACCUAGGAGAAUCUGCGGAGCAGGAACAUCCGACAAAAAAAGCCAGGAUCGGUCGUCUAGCCAGCCAUCGUACUGAUCUUCCAAAGAUACGGACUCAAUUUUCGGCAAAGGAACCAGCUAGUAUACGCAGAGCCCAGUCUCUUGUUUCGCAAACUUCCACUGAUAGGGAUGAUGAGGACGUUAUCAAGGUUCGUCGAAACGAUCUCUUGUCGAAAUGCCAUGGAUAUUCCUUCGGUUGGAGGUUGACGACGCGCAAUGAAACAGCUUUUGGACGGGCCGAACUCACCGACUAGAUCGCUUCUUCCAAGCACUGUUCACCGAGCAGCUCAGCCCGAUUCGCCUAUAUGCCCCCCUACUGUGCCGACCACACCUCUUCCUGACACGGUUGGCUAUUUUCGUGCAAAGAGAAACCCUCUAUCACGUACCCCUGCUUUCCGCGCA